CUCUCUCUGUCCUGCUCUCUCUCUGCCUCUCUCUCUCCCCCUCUCUCUCUGUCUCCCUCUCUCUCAGUCUGAGCCCCUCCAGCAUGUCCUACCCUGACGUGACGGUGCUGGAGCUGCUGCCAUCUCCGCAGUCCCGGCAGGACCCGGUGGAGACCCCCUCCAGCUUCAGUGACAGCAGGGCCGGGGGGCAGCCGGGCAGGAAGAGGGUUGGGGGCUCCUGGGAGAACGUGGUCUCCAGGCUUCAGCGGAGGAAGCGCAUCGUGGAGCAGAAGCGGAGGCUGAGUGCCUGCUCGCUGUUGGUGUCUGGACUGGGCAUCAGUCUGAUGAUUGUCAGUAUGGAGCUCUCUCUGGAAUGCUCCCGCCUGUUUGUAAUCACCAUACUCAGCGUUGCUAUCACUGCCUCAACAGUCCUACUCCUUGCUUUAAUCUUGUUUUACCACUUGACGGAUAUCCAGCUGCUCAUGAUGGACGAAGGCAUCCGCGAGUGGAGGGUGGUCCUCACUGGGGAAAGGAAGCUGUACUUGACUCUUGAACUCCUGCUCUGCGCCAUCCACCCAUUCCCCCUGAUUCUCUGCAUGCAGCCCACUGACACUUGGCUCCGCAACGUGCUGAUCGUCUUAUCCCUCCUGAUGUUCCUCCGUGCCUACCUAAUCCAGCGGGUGACCUUCAUGUACAGCAACGUACUCAACCCUUCUUACCAGACCAUCGGCUCCCUCAGCAAGGUCAAUCUCAAGUUCCACUUCGUCCUCAAGAUCCUCAUGAAUCAGUGCCCGGGCAAGAUUCUCCUCCUUUUUGCUGUCCUCAUCUGGGUCAUGGGGUCAUGGAUGCUCAGUCUUUGCGAGAGGCAAAUUAACAACAGCACGAGUAACAUUCUUACUUCAAUGUGGCUCAUUCCCAUCACCUUCCUCACCAUCGGCUAUGGAGACAUGGUUCCUGUGACGAUAUGUGGCAAGCUGAUCUGCCUGAUCACAGGGGUUACGGGAGUGAGCUGCACAGCCUUAGUCAUCGCCGUGAUUGUCAAGAAACUGGAACUCAGCAAGGAUGAAAAACACGUUUAUAAUUUCAUGCAGGACAUCCAACUGGUAAAGGAGGUCCAGAAGGUUGCUGCUGAUCUGAUUGGAGUAGCAUGGUUACUGUACAAACACAGGAAGAUCAGAGAUCCACAGAAGAUUAGGAGAUAUCAUCGCGAUGUACUGGCCACAGUAUGUCGGUUCCGCAGAGCAAAGCUGAGGCAGAGGAAGCUCCGUGAGCAGGUCAACUCCAUGAUGGACAUCUCCAAGAUGCAGCUUCUCCUGUACGACAUGAACGCCAAGAUGACUGAAUCCUACAACGAGCUGGAGAAGAAGCUGGGAGCCUUGGCCACGAAAGUGGACAGUCUGGCGGGGGGCUUUGAGGAGAUGCGCAGCCUCAUCUGCGAGACCUUGAAGCAGCAACGGAGAGAGUGAAAAGCAGCUACUGCAGUUGAAGUGCCAGGAUCACUGGCUAGUACAGCGAGCCCCAAAAAUCCAGGUUUGGGUGGGUAGGGGCUGGGGUUGUUGGAGUAGCAGAACAAUGACUGGAAGAAGAACACCUCCGAUAAAAACAAUCCCCUUGUGUCCAUUUAUCCUGUGCCACAGAAUUGAGGGACAUUGUGUAGCACAAUAUAAACCCCCCCGGAACACAAAAGCCCCAUAUGAUGACCUGAGAGGGGUGAAAAAUCAGAUAAAAACUCCUGGCUAAUUCGAGGGGAAUAUUACUCUGGGAAAUAGCACUCUGACCAACCACAGGUGAAAACUAAUCGAGGGGAUCACACUAAUCGAGGGGAUAAAGCCUUGGAGGAUUCCCAAUCCAGGCAGACAUAGCUCUCUCACUUGAUGGAACAUCUCCUACCUCCAGAACUGACUGUGGGAUUUGGCGGGAUCUUCGUUUUCAGAAUUCCAGAAUCCCAACUCUUUGUCUGCUUCUCUGGAAAGUGAAAAGCAUUGCCUCACGUUGGGUCCUGGUUCCACAGGGAAUAAAGAGACAGUAAUACUUGCAUUUCUAUAGCGCCUUUCACCACCUCAGGUUGUCACUGUGCUUCACAGCCAAUUAAGUGAUUUUCUUUCCGUUGUCACGUAGCAAAUGCAGCAGCAAAUUUGUGCACAGCAAGCUCCCACAAACAGCAUUGUGAUAAUGACCCGGAUCAUCUGUUUUUUUAGUGAUGUUGGUUGAUGAGUAAAUGGUGGCCCCAGGACACCGGGGAGAACUCUCCCCCGGCUCUUCUUCCAAAUCAUGGCCCUGGGAUCUUUUACGCUCACCUGAGAGGGUAGAUGGGGGCUUGGUUUAAGGGCUGUGCAGCG